CACGUGGACAAAGCGGCCUGUAUCUCGGCCCCCGCCAGCCGGUAGUCAGCUGUACGCUGUGCAUAGACUCUUUACAAUAUUGUCCUUACGCCUGUGGCUCAGUUGUGCAUCUCGUUGCCAUCUCACUGACGACUGCACAAGCUGGACAUCAGCAUGAAUCGACUCCUCUCUGCCUUAUGCGUCGUCGGCGCGCUGUCGUUUGCACCGCAAGCUGCCCUCCCAUCCCGAUGCGUCACGCUGCAUGCGAGCGCAGCCGACAUCGAGGCCCUGUCGGCGCGCCUCGGCGACGCAGCGGUCCUCGAAUCGAUGUUUUUAGUCGACGGCGCGCCGAGGCAGUUUUUGCGACGGGAGCAGUUCGUCUCGGGUCUCGUCGAUGCGGCGGGCCCGGCGCUGAGCGCGGACGCGGCGUACGAGUGCUGGUUGGCAUUUGGCGGGUCGCCGCGGCCCGCGACCAAGAAAAAGGAAGACAAGGGCUUCUUCGGCAACUUCGUCGCGCAGAUCGCGGAAAACGCGGGAGGCGUCAAGGACACGCGGGAAAAGGACCAGUGGGGCAACCCGAUCUCGGGCAUGACGGUCAUCGACCAGGCCGUGAUCACGUCCGAGCAAAGAGCCGUCCUCGCGUCGAUGAGUAAGUAAAUUACAGGUGGUGGGGAAGGGGAUGAUCAC